CUCGGAGCCGGCAUAAUCAGACUCUCAACUGCCUACCACCUCGCGCUCGCCCUCCGAGGCCACAACUUGCCGGUUUUGGUUGCUGAUCCGUCCUCCGGGGUCUGCUUAGGAGCGUCUAGACAAUGCGAAGGGAUGGGCAAGGGUAAGAACAGCGAUGGGGAGGGCCCUGGGCGAGUUUGGGUUCGAUCCGCAGGUCCAGCCGUUGGGAAGCUUUCAUACAAGCUGUAUUCCCGAACUAGCCGCCCGGGCUGCCGUAUCUGGUCAUGCACUUCGGAGCAUUGGAUACUCGCCCCUCGUCGUCCAUGCCGUGUUUUUCCACGAGUAUGAUCCCUCCAACCCUCGGCUUCCGUUUCCCGUUACACGCGCCGAGGAGCUGUCAAAACUUCCCUCGUGGUUACGAGUGCGAGACACGUGGAAAGCAGGAUUGAUCAACGAUGGCUCGACGGCCGCGAGAGCCGACCCCCCGGCAUUUUGCAGCUUUCUACAAAGCGACUGCGAGCAUCUCGGCGUCGAAUUCCCUACACGCGCAGAGGCGGUGCGGAUCGGCCAGCAUGCUGGAGAAGAAGACAGCACAGUAGAAUUUCAAGUGGCAGGAGGCGAACUUCGCCAGAUCGCCUGCCGGAACCUGAUCAUAUCGGCCGGAAGCUGGUCGCCAGCCCUCUUCUCACGUCUGCUUCCUUCGGCCGGCAUCAGACUCAGACUUGCCCCGGAGCAGCACGUGCAGGCGUGGCUACGCUUCAGCGCUGAGGAUGCGACAGACUCUGAACAGCGCAGAAUGGAUACGGGGGCUUGUCACCAGGUCUGGUCGAGCCCGCUUGAUGAAGGCGACGAUGUCCAUGUCUCUUGGUUCACGAAUGGAGAGCUACAUGCAGCCGGCGCGCUCGAGUGGGUCGUUGGCGAGACACCGCCACUUCCCAAAGAUGUUCAACCAAGCCCCGAGGACGUUGCGCAGCUCAAGGAAUGCGUUUCUCGACAUUUGCACAUCGACAAGCGCCGGAUCUUGAGCUCCGGCAGGGCCUUUAUGCCUGCGGUGCCGCAGGGACGGCCUAUUAUGGACAGGGUACCACGGGAUGCUUUAGCGAAGGGAGGGUAUAGUGUCGGCGUUUUUUGGGCUUUAGUCACGACCUUGACGGGUUCACCCUGGGGCUAGGGUCGGGGAAAGUUGUGUCUGAACUUGUUCUCGAACACGAUCCUUCCGUCGAUAUGUCUCCGUUUAAGUUGGCGUGAGAGGAAUUGCGGCAGACCGGCCUGAGGUGCGCCAUACUUUGAAGCAACUUGAAUAAUUAACUCAGAGGGUGGUUGAGCUGUGAGAUUGGACUGGUUGUUUAUCAAUGGGCUUGGAAAGUUUCACGACAGAAGUAGUCCUAGAACUCCGCUGAGUUGUAGAGCACUACCUACUACUCUAAUUAAACUACGCUUUGCGACUUCC